CACCUUAUCUUCUUCAUCCUCUUCUCCUACUCCCCACUCUCUUACUCUUUACUCCUACAAACAACACUCUCCAAUGGCGGACCCAAACGAAACCAACUCAAACAGUUCGCCCAAUCCAGAAGAUGAGAACGAAGAAGAAGAAGAAGAAGAAGAGGAAGAACUCGAAGAACCCACUUCCUCAGACUCGGACUCGGAAUCCGAAACGGGGCUCCAACCAUACACCCGGGCAGGAGGCGAACCCGACACAGACGAUGAAGAAAACAACACACCCGAAGCAAACGUGAAGCGUUUCAUGCGAGUCCUUAACUCCAAACGCAGAAAGCGUGAGCUAGAAGAGGAAGCAGAAGACUACACUUAUCACGAGGACUUGUUUGACUUUCCGUACGACUCUGAAAAUUGGAGGGAAGAGGAUUUAAAGGAGCUUUGGGGGGAUGCUCCGAUUGAAAUGACCAAACCCGGUUGGGACCCGAAUUGGGUUGAUGAAGAAGAAGAGGAUAUUAUUAGUGAAGAAAUUAGAGCGGGCCGGGACCCGCCUAUUGCCCCAUUUUAUGUUCCUUAUAGGAAACCGUUCCCUGUGGUGCCGGAUAAUAACUAUGAUAUUUCGAACCCGAAAUCAGUGAUUGAAGAGCUUGAUAGGAUUGAAGAGUUCUUGAAGUGGGUUAGCUACAUUUUUGCUGAUGGUAGCUCGUAUGAAGGCACUGUUUGGGAUGACUUGGCACAUGGAAAAGGUGUUUAUGUUGCUGAGCAAGGGCUGGUCAGGUAUGAAGGCGAAUGGCUUCAAAACAACAUGGAAGGUCAUGGAGUUGUUGAGGUUGAGAUACCUCACAUUGAACCCGUUCCAGGGUCCAAGCUUGAAGCCAAGAUGAGAGCCGAAGGCAAGAUAAUAAAGAGAGACUUCAUGUCCCCAGAAGACAGAGAAUGGCUGGAGAAGGAUAUUGAAGAUACCAUGGAGCUAACAAGCGGAGAAUAUGAAAUCCCAUUCUAUGAGAAUGGUGAAUGGGUCAGGCAAUUUGGAAAGAAACCGGAGAAGGGGCGAUAUCGCUAUGCUGGUCAAUGGAAGCAUGGGAGAAUGCAUGGUUGUGGUUUAUAUGAAGUUAAUGAACGCACAAUUUAUGGUCGUUUUUAUUUUGGAGAACUUGUGAGGGAUACUUAUGGAUGCGAUGCAGAAAUUUCGGCGAUGCAUGCAGGUAUAGCAGAAGUUGCAGCUGCUAAAGCUCGGAUGUUUGUUAACAAGCCUGAUGGAAAAGAUUGGUUGAGCAUGCUCGAACUUCUGACUUCAAAUACUCACUAUAUGAUAAAAUGCCCAAAUACUAAUAAACCGUUUCAGCUAUUGAAGUUGAAUCUGUUUGUUAUCCUUUCUGUUAUAAAUGUUGGAAAAGUUAGAACUGAUUCAUUUGUUACGCAGGUUCCUGAUUAUUGGAAAGCAUAUGUGCAUGAUGUGGAUGAAGAGAGAGAAAUGUGGCUAAACUCAUUUUACAAAGCUCCUCUGCGAUUACCUAUGCCUGCAGAGCUUGAAUAUUGGUGGUCCAAAGAUCAAAAGCCAGAAUUUAUUCUACUUAACAAGGAACCAGAGCCUGAUCCUGAAGAUCCUUCUAAACUUGUAUAUACCGAAGAUCCGGUCAUCCUGCACACUCCAACUGGAAGGAUUAUCAACUAUGUGGAAGACGAGGAACAUGGGGUACGAUUGUUUUGGCAACCUCCUGUAAAAGAGGGUGAAGAUGUUGAUCCUGAUAAGGUUGAAUUCCUUCCCCUUGGAUUUGACGAGUUUUAUGGGCGAGGUGGGGCUGUCCAAUCAGAUAAUGUGUGGAAACGGUUUGUUACCUCUGUGGAAAACACAUGCAAACCUAUGUUUGAAAAGCUGGAGAAGUGGACUGAAGAGAAAAAGAAAGCAGGUGAGGUGAAGAUAGAGCUCUUGAAGAAAGAGCUUGAAUUAGCAGAAGCGGAAUUGUCUCUGAAGGAGGCAAUGGAAGACAUGGAUGACGAAUUAAAGAGAAUGCAAGAAGAGGAGGAAAAGAAAGUUGAAAUGGGAAUCCAAGAAGAAGAUGAUAUUCUACUUUCUGAACCAACAGAUAAUGUUGAGAAAACGUGGGCGGAAAAGAAGGAAGAUGAGGAGGAAGAAGAGGAGGAGGAGGACGAAGAGGAGGUUACUGCAUCAAGUUUCGGGUCUGUUGACAAUCUAAGCUCAGCUAAGAAGGAUGGCAAAACUGGAAAUGCUCCAUUUGGAGCAUCUUCUUUGUCCUUUGCCGCCUGUAGCCUGGUUUCUGCUGUGCCAUCUAAUUUACUGCAUACAUUCACGGCUUGGAAGGAAGGAAAGUUGAGGCCAAAGCCGUCUCCAUUGUUCACUCCAUCUAGUAUUCAUGAACUUCCGAAGGAGCAACAGGCUCCAGGCACAAUUAGCUUCCCUUAUGCUGUUAGCAAAAAUGGAAGAUUAAGCGCUGUGCGUCAAGCAAAUUGGCCAGAGAAGUACAUCAGCAAGCCGCGUAUCAGAAGCCACUCAAAGCAGAAAGCAUCUUCACAAAUCCAAAGACACCAAGAAGACCAAUGCUUCAACAUAUUAUCAUUGCACACACCAUUACCUAUCUAGUGAAGAUAUUUUUCCUCCUCCCCUUCUCAUUCAUUGUUAAAUACUUUCAUCAAUUUUGCAGUGCUGCGGCCGAUUGUUUGAUUAGAGCUAGGCAUAUCCAUGGCAUACAUUGUUCCACCAUUGUUGGUCCUUGUACAAUGGCUUGUCCCCAUAUGUGGUUUGUCUAAGAACUAGUUGUUCCUGUUUCCUUCAUUCAUAACAUGUAUUAUUCUCAUAUUUGUUGUUCUUAUUGAAGUAGUCCAAGUUGCUUUGCAUUCA